AUGUCGACUAUAUUUGGAGCACGUGUCAAGAACGUUCUUUCUGCUGAUACGCUUGUGCUGGUUCCUCUGAAAGGACCCAGUACAGAGCGCAUUUUGACUCUGGGCUACGUGCAGGCUCCACGGCUCAAUGCUGGCGAGAAGUAUGCUUUUGAGGCCAGAGAGCUUUUGAGAACGCUUUUGGUCGGCAAGGAGAUCAAAUUCUGGAUCCUCUACAAGAGCCAGUCCGAGAAAGAGUUUGGAGACGUGUCGACGCCACUUUUCCCCUCCUUGAUUUCGUAUCUUUUGGAGAAAGGUGCCGUGAAGCUCAGAUCUGGAAUUUUCGACGACGAUGCUCUGCUUGAUUUGCAGAAGAUCGAGGCCAAGGCCCGCGACAAGGGUGUUGGCAUGUGGGCGAAAAACCUGGGUGCCAUUGAAACGGCCAAUGAGCUGACAAUAAAUCAGAAAGAAAAGUCAAAGACCGCACCGCUCGACGCCAUAGUGGAGAGAGUGAUCAGUGGAGAUCGAUUGAUGGUGAGGGUGCUGGUUUCCAAAAAUAAGCACGCUGUGUUUCCCGUCCUAAUUGCUGGAAUCAAGGCCCCGAGAACAGCCUCUGCAGAGCAAGAGGCCGAGCCUUUUGGCGAAGAAGCCAAGAGCUACGUGGAGGCCCGGCUGUUGGCCCGAAACGUCAAAAUCAGCGUUGUCGGCGAGUCCUCCAGCGGGAUCGCAGUUGCCCAGGUGAUCCACCCGGCAGGUAAGAUCAAUGCCAAACUGCUGGAGGAAGGACUGGUCGAGGUGGCUGACUGGCAGUCCGUUCUGCUGGGGGCCAGCGAGAUGGCAGAGUUGCGCAAGAGUGAGCGCAUCGGCAGAACUCAGAAGAAGAAUUUGUGGCAUAGCGAGGACGGCUCGACAGAGACCACUGAAAAGAGCUUUAAUGGAGCCAUUGCAAAGGUGAUUUCAGCAGACACGUUGGUGAUCCGUCUGAAAAACGACACUGACACUAUUGUCCAGCUCGCAUCCCUAAGAGGACCACGGCAGUCUGAUCCAGAAACGGCACCGUUUGUUGCCGCUGCAAGGGAAUUCGUGCGUUCGAAGGCCAUUGGCAAACAGGUCAGGGUUGUGGUUGAGUCGAUCAGACCGAAGACAGAACAGCUUGACGAGCGUUCUUUGGUGAGUGUCUAUUUCAACGACGGAACAAAUCUUUCGGAUCUCAUUGUUUCCAAUGGCUAUGCUUCCGUCCUGAAGUUCAAGUCAGAAAGUAAGCCGGACUACUGGGACUCUCUAAUUGAGAGCGAAUUGCUGGCUACCAAGAUGAAGAAGGGAAUUCACGGCAAAGCUCCAGAGCCUGAAAGAAUUGUGGACGCUUCAGAGUCUGCCGCCAGAGCAAAACCGUAUCUUUUCUCCUUCCAGAACAGAACCAAGAUCCCUGGUAUCGUGGAACACAUCACAGCCUCCAAUAGGUUCAAGAUCUCCAUGCCUCGUGAGGGUCUAAAGUUGACGUUUGUGCUUGGAGGACUGGCAAACCCAAGAGGAGACGAAGGAAUAGCGGAAAAGGCUUUGGCGUUCACGACCAAAAAGGCAUACCAGAGAGACGUCCAUUUGGACAUCUACAACGUCGACAAGUUUGGCGGGUUCAUUGGCAACCUCUACCUCCCUGGAUCUAGUGUUCCGUUCCAAAUAUCCCUGUUGCAACAAGGAUUUGCCGAGUGCCACGAGAGAUCGCUCGCACAGACGAAAUAUGAGGCCCAAUUCUUGCAAGCAGAAGAGGAAGCCAGAGAGAAAAAGCUGGGUAUUUGGGCCACGUACCAGCCUGAGGAGGCGCCGGUGCAGCAGAUGGCAAAGCUCAGCAUUGACAGAAAAUACCACGAUGUGGUGAUUACCGACGUUUCAGAGACCAUAGCUCUCCAAGUUCUCAACGACGAGCAGAAAAAGCUGUCUCCAUUCAUGAAACAGAUGCACGCGUUGUCGUCGAGCUUCAAGCCGCUGGCUAAGCCGCCAAAGGUCGGAGCCCUUGUCGCGGCCAAGUUCUCAGAAAACGGAAAGUUCUAUCGUGCGCUGGUGGUUGCUGUUGAUCGCCAAUUGAACAAAUACAAGGUCCGUCACGUGGACUACGGAAACAGCGAAAAUGUUCCGCUCUCUGACUUGCGCGAGCUGCCUGCCAACUUCGGGACCUCUGUGUUGAAACCGCAGGCUCACAUUGCUCAAUUCUCGCUGGUCAAACUUCCGCCAGCUCAGCCUAUCAACUAUCUACAGGACGCGAUUUAUUUCCUAGAAGACCUUAUUGUGGACAGACAGCUCGUUGCGUGCGAGACUUUCCACAACCCAGAGCCAGGUGUCGAGAUGGACGUGGAGCUGUACGAUCCAGAAACGAUUUCCAAGGAUCCGAAAUGGACGAUCAACAAAGAGCUGGUGUCCAACGGCCUUGGUAUUGUCAAGAAGAAUCUGAAAGAUUUCGAAAAGCUGCUCUCUGCCGAACACCAGACACUGCUGGAGCUCGAGCAGGAGGCCAAACGUGCUCACAAGGGCUGCUGGGAACACGGCGACAUUGAGGAGUAA